CCUCCGAUCCUGAUCCGACGGUCUGGUGGUACCCGAACCCGAUAGAGCGAUCUCAACAACUCAAGCCUCACACAGUGAACCCACCCCCGCACCACCGCCGCCCGAGUCGCCGUGGCAGCAGCGGCAGCGCCCUCCCGGCGGUGAGCGCAGCCCAGCGUAUGCGCCGCGGCCGCCGCUGCGCUCGUGGUGCCCAGAUCUAGGCCUCAGACAGCCCUCCUCGCCCCCGCAGCAGCACCAUGGCGCGGCGACAGCCGUGGUGGACGGCGCUGCUCCUCCCCUUCCUCCUCGCCGCCGUCGGGCUCUCGUCCGCCGCCUCGGUGUCUCCCGAUGCGUGCCAGGUGCCUACCGCCGUGUAUUUCAUCCUCAGGCCUCCCGAACCUUGCUCGACCCUGGAUCGCCUUGGCGACCCGGUCGGCGUCAUCGAGGGAGAUGAGGUUACAUUGGCCAGGGCCGUUAAUCUUUUUCACAUGAACAAAGAUGACUAUAUUGCUGUACUUUUCUAUGCAUCAUGGUGUCCAUUCUCACAAGAAUGCAAACCAAAUUUCAAGACAUUGGCUUCCUUGUUCCCAACUAUUCGGCAUUUUGCAUUUGAGGAAUCUGCAAUCAGGCCAAGCAUAAUGUCAAGAUACGGGAUUCAUGGUUUUCCAACACUGUUUCUCUUGACUUCGACUAUGAGAGUGCGGUAUCAGGGACCACGGACUGUUAAAUUACUAGCUGCUUUCUACACUGAUGUCUCAGGUAUCAAUGCUUCGGUGAAGUCAACUGCAGGGGAGGCCGUGGUGCAUUCCUUAGAUGAUAUUGAGCAUAAAAAGGACGCUGAACAGGAAAAUUGUCCAUUCUGGUGGGCGCGUUCACCAGAGAAAAUACUUCAGCAGGAUACUUAUCUUGCACUGGCGACUGCAUUUGUAAUUUUGAGGUUGCUGUAUCUUCUUUUUCCAAAAAUAGAUUCCUUUGCCAGAUGGACAUGGAGGAGGCAUACGCUGUUUGCAAACUUGAUGGGUGUGCAUGAAUAUUUCCUCACCUACCUUGAGCAAGCAAGACAGAAGUUUCACAGGGUAUACCCUUCAAAGAGAGGGAAUUUGCAGGAGGGGGCAAUGAAUGCCACUGCUUGGGCCUCCAAAUCAUUAGCAUCUGUAUCAAUCGGAGAACCAAGCGCUAUUGGAAUGACAAACUCUACGAGUGAGCUAAGAUGAAGUGUUACUUUUUUUUUGUCCGCAGGAUAUAUGUACAGUACAGUAGAGUGAUCAGGAUAUGAGUACCAAUAAUCUGUUGUUAUAUAAUUUUUUCAGUUCCGUAGUUAUGCAAUA